AAGAAACUUAACGUUGAACGAACUCUCGAAGUUUACGUUCGCUUAUCUUCUAACGGCUAAUGUCCCCGCGAUUAAGAUCCGACAGGAAAAGCCUAGUCCUCCUAGGAACAUGUCUCAAUCGCCUUCACCGCUCCUCCGGCGAACUCAAGCAAAUACACGCCCACCUCCUCAUCUCCGGCGGAAUCUUCGAUCCCUUCGCCACCGGAAAACUUAUCUCCUCCUUCAGCGCCGUCGACCUCAACCACGCCCUCCUCCUUUUCCGCCACCUCCCCCAUUCUCCCUCCACGUUCCUCUGGAACACCCUUAUCGGUGCCUGCACCGGCCGCAACCAACCCCUUAUCGCACUCUCCCUCUUCUCGCAAAUGCUCGCAGCCGUCCGCCUCCCCAACAACUACACCUUCUCCUUUCUCCUUCGCUCUUGCAUCUCCAUCUCCUCUCUCUUCGUCGGUCAACAAAUUCACGCCCAGAUCGAGAAGUUGGGGUGGGCUGACUACGAUUUCGUAAUGAAUGGUCUUCUUCAUUUAUACGCUACCUGUGGCCGCAUCGGCGACGCGCAGAAGCUGUUCGACGUGUGCCACCACCCAGAUGUCGUCACUUGGAGUGCCAUGGUUAAUGGAUACGUAAAGGCUGGACAGAUUGGUGUUGCGAGGGGGCUGUUUGAUGUGAUGCCUGAGAGGAAUGCUGUUUCAUGGAGCACCAUGAUAACUGCUUAUGCAGCCAUUGGGAUGUUUCAUGAGGCUUUGGAUGCGUUCAAUGAGAUGCAGGUUGCGGGGCUGGAGCCUAACCAUGCUGGACUUGUGGGAGCUCUCUCAGCUUGUGGUUUUCUUGGUGCUUUGGAUCAGGGCAAGUGGAUUCAUGCUUUUGUGGAAAGGAAUGGAAUGGAAUUGGAUAGGAUUCUAGGGACUGCACUGAUAGACAUGUAUGCUAAAUGUGGAUGCAUCGAUAACGCUGAUCGAGUGUUCGGUGAAAUGACUGAAAGGGAUGUCUUUGCUUAUACAGCGAUGAUAUCAGGGCUUUCAAAUCAUGGUCUGAGUGAGAAGGCGAUUGAGAUGUUUGCUCGGAUGGAAGCCGAGGGAGUGAAGCCUAACGCAGUGACAUUUAUAUGCAUCUUGAGCGCCUGCGGCAGGCUAGGUUUAGUUGAGUUGGGGAGGCAUUUCUUUGAAAGAAUGAGCAGGGUUUAUGGAAUUGAACCAGGAGUGGAGCACUAUGGUUGCUUGGUGGAUCUUCUAGCCAGGGCUGGAUUGAUUGAUGAUGCACGAAGGUUGAUAAGGGAGAUGUCAAUGGAGCCUGAUUCUUAUGUGUUGGGUGCCUUGCUCAAUGCUUGCAGAGUUCUUGGGGAGGUGGAGGUGGGAAAGGAGAUUGUUGAGAGCCUAAUGGAAUUGGGGCUCGAUCAUAGCGGUGUUCAUGUGCUACUUUCGAAUAUGUAUGCAUCUUCUUUUCGGUGGGAAGAAGUGAAGAACGUGAGGAGAGUGAUGGAGGAAAAUAAGGUUAGGAAAGUGCCUGGAUGUAGUAUGAUCGAGGUUGAUGGUGUGGCUUGUGAGUUUGUUGCUGGAGACCGAUCUCACCCUUGUAUGGAUAAGAUUAUUGUAGCUAUGAAAGGCAUGGACAAGCAACUAAAAUCCUUUGGUGAUGACAAACACUUAAUUCAUUUUGUAAAUCUUUGAAGAAUUGAAAUUCUAAUAGGAUUGGGAGGUGAAUGUGUCUUUAUUGAUAUAAGGUAUUUGCAACUUUGUUGAUUUGCUUUGUUUGGACUGAUGGAUUGGGUU